AUGUAAUAAAAAUUUAAGUCAAAACUUUAAAAUAUAAUUACCGAUUGUGAAUAACUUAAGGAUUAAAAUGCUAGCUUUAAUUCAGAGAUUUCCAAUUUUACUACUAAAUAUCGCAUGAGAUUUAUUAAUAUUAUUAAAAGAGCUUAAUCAGAAGAAACUAAGAAGUUACAGGAAGAAAAAUCAUUAAAGUAAUAUUAUUUAUAUUUUAAAGAUCCAAUAUUAAACUUCAUAAUUAUCUUUGUAAAUAAAUCAUUGAUUCAACACAAUAUAAUUUAUAACGACCAAAUAGAAAAGCUGAAAAAUAUAAAAUAUAAGAAGAAACAUUCUUUGAUAGAAAUCCACUUCUAUAUCUCAAAUAACAAUUAUAAUAAGAUAAAUAAAGGAGUCUGAAAUUGUCUAUUUAAGCUAGACAUUUUUCUAUUCAAUAACAAAAAUUUGUAUAAAAACUAGAAAAUUAUAAAGACUUUAUAGGAUUAAAAUGA